AUGGAGAACAGUACAGAGGUGACUGAAUUCAUUUUUGUAGGGAUAACUGAUGAACCAGAACUGCAGCUCCCACUCUUCUUCAUAUUCACCCUCAUUUAUCUCAUCACUCUGUUUGGGAACUUGGGGAUGAUCGUGUUGAUCCUCGUGGACUCUCAUCUGCACACACCCAUGUACUUGUUCCUCAGUAACCUCUCACUGGCGGACUUAUGUUACUCUACAGAUGUGACUCCCAAAAUGAUGUCCCAACUCCUUAUUGGAAGCAAUGUCAUUUCCUACAAUGCAUGUGCUACUCAACUGUUCCUUCUUGCACUCUUUCUCACUGUAGAAAAUUUUCUCUUGGCUGCAAUGGCCUUUGACCGCUAUGCAGCUGUGUGCAAACCCCUCCAUUAUGCCACUAUCAUGACCACAGACAUGUGUGAGUAUCUGAUAAUAGGUUGCUAUAUCCUUAGUGUCUUGACUGCCUCCAUCCAUACUGGGAACAUAUUCAGCCUGUCUUUCUGUAGAUCCAAUGUGAUUAAUCACUUUUUCUGUGAUGGUCCUCCUGUGCUGGCUCUCUCCUGCUCAGACAUCCACAGAAGUGAGUUGGUUUUAUUUAUUUUUGUGGGCAUCAAUGUUAUCUUUUCUAAUGUGGUCAUCUUGGUCUCUUACCUGUUUAUAUUUAUCACCAUUCUGAGGAUGCACUCCUCUGAAGGACAUCAGAAGGCCUUUUCCACCUGUGCUUCCCACCUCACCACCAUCUCCAUCUUCUAUGGGACUGGCAUCUUCAUGUACUUAGAAUCAAACUCCAGCCAUUCUAUGGGCAGUGACAAAAUGGCAUCUAUAUUCUAUGCCAUCAUCAUCCCCAUGCUGAAUCCACUGGUGUACAGCCUGAGGAACAAAGAGGUUAAGAGCGCCUUUAAAAGAACUGUGGGAAAGGCCAAGUCUUCCAUAGGGCUCAUAUUUCUACAUGUAUAG